CUUUUGGUCCUGGCUGGAGAGCGAGAGACUAUAAAGCAGCCUGAUGAGCCAAGAGGGAGAAGAAGCCGAGACAGAACCAUGAGAGAGAACCUUACCAGUGUAUCAUCCCUAAACAUGGCUUUUACCGACAGCAUGAAACCUACCGAUCUAUCUGCAGAUAAGAAGGGAAUAAAGAGGAAAAACUGGAGGCGCAGGAUUGGAUUUCUGCUGAAGACAAAUUCCUCUCAGCCAAUACUGCGUCUAGUGAAAAAUAGAUCCUACAGGCCAAGUGUUGAUGACGUGAACCAAUGGGCGCAGUCACUUGACAAACUACUUGGUCAUAAAUAUGGGAAAGCUGCUUUUCAUAUCUUUCUGAAGUCCGAGUUCUGCGAGGAGAACAUUGAGUUUUGGACAGCUUGUGAGGAUUUUAAGAAGCUAACAUCGCGCAAAGAUCUGGUAUCCAAGGCUAACAGCAUCCAUGAGGAGUUCAUUAGAAGUGAAGCUGCCAAGGAGAUUAACCUGGACUUUCACACCAAAAAUGCCAUCGUCCAGAGUCUCCAUGCACCUACUCCAACUAGCUUCUUGGCAGCUCAAAAGAAAGUCUACAGCCUGAUGGAAAACAACUCAUACCCGAGGUUUAUCAACUCCGACCUCUACAAAGAACUGUGUGCAGCUGCCAAGGGAGAGGGCAAGCAUAUAAAGUCCUAGACAAACCAAACACCCACUCCUGAAGUCAUUUGUUUACCGUUGUGCCUGUGAAGUGACUGCAGAUGAUGUUUAUUCCAGGCACUGGCUCAGGAUAAUAGACAUGAAUGCAAAUUCUGAGAAUAAACAGUAGCACUGAGUGUGGAAAAUACAAAAGGUGAAGCCAUUUUUAGCUCAUCCUGCUGAGUGACUUCAAUGAGGAAGCUGGGAUGAUGAGACAGGAUGCUGCAUGAAGCUGCAGGAAAAGCUCAGACCAGUUUUACAAAACAGGAUUAAGGUUACAUUUUCAUCAGAGCUGUUAUCUCCACUAUCUUGAUGACACAAUUUAAAUUUCAUGUGUUGUAAUGAUUCAUUUGGAGAAAAUGAUGCUGUAGUGCUACUGCAUUUAAAGCUGAUAAGUUAAGACACUCGACUUUGCACCUCACAUGAAACCGACAGUGCUGCCAGAAUGUAUUUUCUGUGAUGAGAGCCAUUUGAAACGUUGUACAGGAGACAUACACUUCCCAUGUAACGUUAGUUUUCAUUUGCCUGUUAUUGCACCAGUUUACACACAAAAACGAACUAAUUUAUUUGAUAAUAUCCACAGUUUCCACUGACUGCUCCUUUUAGCCUGAAAUUACUGUGAUAAUGUAAAAUACUGUAAAUAUUUUAAUACAGCAUUACAUGUUUGAUGUAUAUUUAAGCUUUGAGCAGCUGGACUGCUUGUGAAAUAAAAUGUGUUGUAAAAGGCAAAGUUCUCCAAUGUGUUUGUCUAAAUGUCACCAAAAUAUUUUAAACUCAAAUGUCCACAGAAAAGUCUUAAAAUAGUUUCUGGUCAUCUGAGGAUACUAUGUGCAGUAUAUUCUCUGCUUUGGCUUCUACCAGUUACAAAAUGUUCUGUUUCUUUAGCAGAUAAAUUGCACAAACUCCACCAACUCACUAGCUGUGUUGCAGCAGCAGCUCAACAUUUUGAGUGCAAAGUUUGCAUCUGAUAACGAAGCGUCUGAAAAUGAAUAUGGAGCAAAGAUAGAAAAUACAAAA